CGGUGUAACUCUUUAACCAUCCCCCCCCCCCUGUAGAAAGGCCGCUAAGAUGGUGGAGAAGAAGCGGGAGAGUUUGGGCAGGUUUCAGGAGGGCGGACAGCGGCGGGUCCUGGACCAAGCCACCCGCCAGCGGCGCCUCAACCGGCAGCUGGAUGCCUUGGAGAAGGACAACUUCCAGGACGAUCCGCACGCCAACCUGCCGCAGCUCAAGCGGCUCCCGCAGUUUGAUGAUCACAACGAAUCCGCAAAGAAGAAGAAAAAAACCCGCGGUGAUCACUUCAAGCAGCGAUUUAGGAAGAAUUUCCAAUCCCUCUUGGAAGAGCAGAACUUGAGUACAAGUGAGGGACCAAACUACUUGACAACUUGUGCUAGUCCUUCCAAACUGCCCCAGCGCCAUUUCUGUGCAGUUUGUGGUUUUCCGUCCAACUACACCUGUGUCUCGUGCGGGGCCCGAUACUGUUGUGUCAAGUGCCUGGGUACACAUCAGGAAACCAGGUGUCUGAAGUGGACUGUAUGAAGCCAGGAUUCCAGCCUGGGUCCAGGAGACAGCAAUUCCGACCCUCCUGAAUUAUUGAAACUGCCUGUUCCUUUAAUCUCCUCCUUCCUUCAGGUCUGAUUUUAAACCUGACAGCAAUGUUAGUGGGGGGUGUAAAGAAAAUGCCAAGUGAUGUUAUUUGCAAUUGUACAGUGGGCCUGUGAACUGUAGAUGGGCAAUUCCUUUUCUUUUCAGAAAUGUUGGUUUGAAUAAACAAAAAACUUGUGUUAUAUCACCUUGCAGGCUUCAUAGUACAGCUUCUAAUCCUGAUUGGAAAAGCAGACUGGGACUUUGGUUUAGCUGGAGUAUCUCCUAUGGUCACAGGAUCUAGACCUAUGACCUUGGGCAGUAUCUGAGAUGAGAUCCCUGUGAUGUUUUGACCUGGACAUAAUGAAGCUGACUGUCCUUGAAGUAGCUGAUUACUUGAUGGAUGCCCCAUGGACAGACUGGAAUGGUGAUAAAAGAUGAUACAACCUCAACUGAUGAGUUUGGAGACUUUGGUACGCUUUCAAAUAGGGUUGCAACCUCUGUCACUGUCUCCAGUUGUAUAAUUGUUUACCUUGCAUUGUGACAGUGGGUCCCAUUUCUGUUAUUAACAUUCUUUACUUUUGCACCUUUGUACAUAUUUAAUUUUGAAGAAGUUUGUUUCCUUUCUUGGUAUGGACUUGAUUGACUCUGAUGUCGUGGUCUGCUUUACUCUCUGCUCCUCCAUGUUUUAUCCAGGUUCGGUUAGAAGUGGGAAGCUUAAUCUGCUUGAUUGCCAGUGUGGAGUUUAUUGGAAUAAAGUUUACCAGACCUUCAA